AUGGCGGCAAAGUUCUUCCUCCUCGCCCUUCUGGCUCUCUCAUUUUCCGGUGCUCUUGCCUCGGGCCCAAGCCAGCUUCAGGAUUUCUGCGUCGGUGACAGCAGGGGCGGAGUUAUUUUUGUCAAUGGAUUUGCAUGCAAAGACCCAAAAACUGCGGUGGCAGAAGACUUCUUCUUCUUCUGUGGCCUUCACAUGGCCGGGAACACGAGCAACAAGCAAGGCUCCGCCGUGACGGCGGUUAAUGUGGCCCAUAUUGCUAGGUUGAACACUUUGGGCAUCUCCUUGGCUCGUGUUGAUUAUGAUCGAUAUGGUCAAAACCCACCCCACAUCCACCCCCGCGCAACCGAGAUCUUGACGGUGGUAGAAGGCUCGCUCUAUGUUGGUUUUGUGACCUCAAACCCUGAGAACAAGUUAUUCUCAAAAGCUCUUAACAAAGGGGAUGUUUUUGUGUUUCCGCAAGGGCUAAUUCACUUUCAGUACAACUGCGGAACCACAAAAGCGAUAGCCAUUGCGGCGUUGAGCAGCAAAAACCCUGGAGUGAUCACCAUAGCCAAUGCGGUGUUUGGAUCCAAGCCAUCCAUCUUAGAUGAUAUCGUUGCCAAAGCCUUCUAG